AUGGGAGUAACUCAUAGCGUCGCCACGGAGGUGGAGAUUGAGGCAAGCCCUGCCAUAGUACGAUCGGUGUUUCUAGACUGGAAUAGAUACAAGGAGUGGACUCAGGUUUGGACGAUCAGCCCUAAAGUCGAGGGCACAAAGCCGUCCGAGUUGAAAGUUGGCGACAACAUCACUGCCAAUCUGAAGGGAGUCGCCUUUAACCCUGUGAUUUUGGAGAAUUCGACGGAGCUUUUCAAGUGGAACGGCGUCGUUCCGCUGCUCUUUUCCGGGGCGCACUCGUUCUACUUCCGCCCAAGUAACAAGACCCCCGGCGGCACGACGAUGACUCAGCUCGAGGACUUCAGCGGGUUUCUUGCUUUCCUCAUGAAGCCGUUCUGGGGGUUUGAGAAACAGACCUUGACGAAUUGGAAGCAGUUCGACCAGGAUAUCAAGAAGGAGAGCGAAAGGCUUGCAGCCCAGAACUAG